AUUUGCCUCUUUUGCAAAUCCUCAGUGAGAUCAGAAGAUCCUGGUAAAUGAGGAGUACAUAGAGCAACAUGGAACCGUCUUUCGUGGAAUUCAAUAAAAUAAUGCAACUCCUAAAUAUCGCGGUUAUACUCUUUUGUGCAAUCGUUGGCACCCAAGGUGGUUCCAUCCUGAUGUACAUGCCAGUUGGCUCCAAGAGUCAUUGGAAUAUCUGGAGGCCUUUGGCUUUGGCCUUGGCAAAGAAAGGCCAUUCUAUGACUUUGAUCGCACCCAACCUAGAUUCCACUUUUGAUGGCAUGCCGAACGUGGACUUGCAAGCUACAGGACUGGGAAUGGAAGCCACCAUCGUAUCUGAAGAGAUCUUUGAGGGAAAACUGGACUGGAACGUGAACAAAUUUGUACAAUUUGAAUUGAACGGUCAAAACCAGACUUUUCAUCAUCCUGCUUUCCAACGAAUCUUCCACGAGAGGCCCAAGUUUGACUUGGUCAUUGUUCACGUGUUCGCCCUUGAUUUUGGCUUCUACUUUGUCAAAGAGGUUCUUCAAACACCAACGCUACUAUUGUUCCCUGGUUCCCGAUAUCCAUCCGCCGAUUACUUCAUGGGCAAUCCGUUGGACCCAUCGUAUAUCCCCUUUGAAUCCUUGCCGUUCUCCCAAGAGAUGACAUUCUUGCAACGAGUCGUCAAUUUUGUGGCCACCCACAUUUUAGCGAGGUCGAGUUGGUAUAUCUUUCCUAAGCUCGAGGAACAAGCUUUCAAGUUCACCAAUGGAGAGUAUCAAAUCGACUUGCACAAGGCCGCCAUGGAUAUCGAUUUCUGUCUGGCCAACGGACAUCCCAUUUUUGAUGGAGUUCGACCCAUUAACCCAAACAUGGCCUUCGUGGGUGGACUUCAUUUGAAGACGCCCAAACCUUUACCCAAAGAUCUCAACACGUGGAUGGACGGAGCCAAAGAUGGAGUUAUUUAUGUCUCCUUUGGAUCAAUUAUAUCUGGAAGCAAAAUGCCGGAGCGAAUUCGUCAAAUGUUCAUCAACGUGUUUUCCACGUUAAAUCAACGAGUCAUUUUCAAAUGGGAAACGGAAGAGAUGGAAGGAAAACCCGAAAAUGUGCUCUUGAAGAAGUGGUGUCCACAACAAGAUAUCUUGGCCCAUCCCAAUGUCCGGCUCUUCAUCACUCAUGGGGGAUUGCUGAGCACCGAAGAAGCCUUGAGUAAUCACAUCCCCAUGUUGUACAUCCCCGGAUUUGCGGAUCAACAUGGUAAUGCAUAUAUUGCUGAGAGCUUGGAAUAUGGUCGAAAAUUGAAUUGGGCAACUCUCAACGAGGUGGAUCUUCAGAGGUCCAUAUUGGCGCUGGUGAACGAUCCCAAAUAUAAGGCAAACGCCGAGUAUUUUGGUCGCCUGGUCAGUGACAAUUUAGAACCACCCAUCGAGAAAGCGGUUUAUUAUGUGGAGUAUCUGAUGCGCCACAAAGGUGCACCGCAUUUGAAACCAGCUCAUCGUCACCUCAAUUGGUUGCAAUACCAUUCUGUGGAUGUGGUGGCAUCUCUUGUGAUGAUUCCGAUUACCAUUGCUAUCAUUUUGUACACAUCCAUUUCGAGUUGUUGGUGCUCGGUCAUCAAAAAGAAGAAACUUUUGUAACCCUUUGACCCCAUUGGACAAGUCGGUCCGUAUCGAUUGUAUUGUACCCGUACAUUGAAUAUCUUAUUAAUAAAGAGUUCAAACACU